AUGAGCGCCGUCGUGUGGAUCGUUGUGCAGCCUCGAAGGAGACACCCCUCGGUCGAGGCGGUUCAUGACGGCGGUCGAACACCUGGAAUAUUCCCAGGCGACGCCCGCGCUGGUGAAGUGGCACUCGUGCCCGCCGAAAGAGCCGUGGGAAAUACAGCGUGGGAAGUCAGAUGGCCCUGGGCGGCCCCGACGGCGGUCGAAUACCUGGAGCAGCGCUCGCUCACGGCGGGCGCCCCAGUCGGAUUCUACGAAAAUCAAGAAGGUCGCCAAGGACAAAAUUCCUCCCGCUGCCUCGCCGGCACCAUUAAUCCGUCCUGGCUCCCCUCCAGCCACAGAGACCGCAUUUCACGAUGGGCCGCGUAUGACCGAUACGCCAGCAUCUUGGCCGAAGAACUCGCCGUCCGUCGCGUGGGUCGUUAUGCAAGUGGUGACUACGUCAAAGCAGAGGUCAAGACACUCACACAGAAAAGAUACUAAAGCGAUAUGAAUCAAUGAAAAAAAAAUUACACCGGCCAGAAGUAUUCGAGAUGUAAUUUUCGUUGGUAAAAUGGACAAGGGUAAACCGCUGCACAUGGCCACAAUCAGCCCCGGGGAUUACAAGGUAGAAACGCCGGUGUGCCCAACUCUUACUGUUCUUU